UUUACAGUCAGUGAACACCAAAAUAUUAGCAUAGCGGGACAAAUCGACAGGCUGGCUACGCCACUGGGUUAGUUAAGAAUUUUUGGCCUAGUGUGUAAUGAAUUCACUGUAUCGCUCUUGAUUAGGGCACAAUUUACAAGUGUCCUAGCUUUGAUUAAGUAUUUUAAAUUACUAUAGUGAAAAUUUUCCUGGAAGUAUUUGUCUGUAUGAUAUAAAUACUUAAAUAAGCUCGCACCCUGAGUAAUCCAAAUUGUCGUGCAAGUUCACAUACGAGGUUGUGAGGAGACUUAUUUUUACCGUUCCUAUAAUUAGCUAUAAACCUUUGCCAUUUUCAAAAUAAUUGUGCAAAAUGCAAUGUUUUUGAAAUUCUCAAAAUUUCAGAAGCCAUAUGUCAUAUGACAUCAAAAAAAUUGUUUCUAAAUUAUCUUAUAUGAUACUGUUAUGCACAGUAUGGUAAAGCUUCAAAGUUCAUACCACAGGAGCUUCCACAUUUUGGAAAGUGAAAGUAAAAGCAGGCUGCUCUGAGCGGCACUUGUUGAAUUAAUUAGUGUAUUUGUCGAUUCUGGACGAUUUCCGGUCAACUCAUCGACGGCAUGCAACUUUUCAGUCUUGUUUUCAUUCGACUGGGUAUUGAAGAUUUCAAAAACACUAUGCAAGUUCAAGCAAACACUUGUUUUGCAACUUGCAUCUCCCAUUCCUUGUCACCUUGAAGGCUUUGAAGCGGAAGAGAGGGUUGCACCAUUUGACACCUCGACCUGGAAGUGGGAAGAGACAAACCAACCCUCCGGGAUAUCAUACGACAAAGAAUUUGCCAGCUCCUGUUCAGGAUCAAGCUUUCUAGUCUCUUGUGCAAUGUCGAGAUGAUAGGGACGCAAGGCUGUAUUUAAAAGUUAAUUGUUAAACAUUUCUUGAAAUUAUUAAUACAUGCUUAAUUGCAUAUAACAAGAUGUUUGCGCUUUGACGAUUGUAUAUUGCUAACGGAUUGUAGCAAAUUGUCGGGAAACGCGACCGUAAACGCUCAAACAAUUGUACUUCCGCUUGAAAAAUGUAAUGACGGAUCAGAUGUCGAUACAGAUUGAAAACUCAACUACCUUGCCUAUAAAUGACACAGACGACAAUAUUGACAUCAUGUCUUCAACCGAACUAAAGAUGAACGCCAGCGAUGUAGGCGAAAUUUCAAACACAGAGAUUUGUGAUAGCAGUUUGGUUCAAAUCACCCAUGGGUCACUUAAUCCAACAACAGUUUCUCUCUUGCGCUGUAAGAAGCAAAUCGUUAUACCCUACUACAAGCUUCUUGGUAUUAUCGCCUGGCGCCCAUUUGGUGGUAUGAGCCGAACGCAGUAUGCGUUGAUAAUGAAAUUAAUCAACAUUGUCUAUCCGGUUUUGAUUGUGUCAUUGUUGUUGUUCAGUUACGUAACGAGUGCUGUUGCCUGCCGUGGGGAAACCAGCCGGGGACUGUCUCUAAAUAUGACGCAUGAGAUAAAACUCAACACUCCUAUACCCGCUAAGAACAUUACCAUUUCACCUAUGAGACAUAACCAAGUCCAUAGUUCGGACGGAAUAAAGUCAAGUUCACAUGAGGAUGAUCCGUGGGAACCAGCAUACAACGAGUGCAAACACAUAUUUGGUACUUUCAUUCUUCCAAGUAUGCUUCAUUUGUCCGCCUAUCUCAUUGGAUUUUACUUGUAUCGUGUUAGACAACACGAAGGAUUAUAUGUUCUUAUGGAGAAGGUUUUUUUACAGAGCUCAAAGCAGAAACGUUUAUAUGUGACUUUAUGGUGUUUUGUAAUACUUGGUAUGGUGUGGUUAAUUCUUGACAUGGGUGUCUUUGUUCUGUUUUUUUUCGCAUUUGGACCUGAAACGGUGACAGGUUUUCGUCAUAACAAGGUGCUAUUAGUUGCAACCGCGACUCUAAUGACUAUCGGUCAACUGGUUCUGGAUUUAGUGAAUGUUGUAAUCAUACUAAGUUACGCCGCACAAUGUCAACUUGUUAUACACUAUAUCGACAGCAUCACACGCAGAAUUGAAGAGAAAUCGACGCAUCUUCAAAGUAUCAUGAAGGAUAUCCUUGAUGUUAAGAACACUUUAGGAAGAAUGAACUCCUUGCUCUCCCAUAUGGUGUCACUCUGCAUAUUUACUCUUCUGGAAAGCGUUGUCCUAGGUUUAAUCUACUUGUUGAUUAAUGAGGGGCAGCAAUCAUUAGAGGUAACUCUGUACAGAGCAUCCUAUGUUUUCAUCUCGUUUUUGGCGUUGUUUUUCCCGAUACUGCAGGCUGCGAGGGUGACAAGUCUAGCAUCACAAUUCAAACAAAUUUCACUUGAUGUACGUGUAUUUGGCCAUCAAACCAGUUCUCAACUCGAGUUGGAUUCUUUUCUGGUCUUUGUUCAAAGCGCGGAUUUAAAGGCGAAGUUAUUCCUUGCACCUGUGAGAGGGAGUUUACUAUCUGGUAUAACAUUACUUAUCGUCUUUACUUUACUCUUUCUGAUGCAUACAGGUCAGAUCGCUUCGGGUACUAAAUUAUUCUAGACAAAGUUAUUCUAAACCGGUUAUUUUAGUGAUAAACGCUGUGAUUUUGUAUAUACGAAAUUAUAAUAAUAUAAUAUUGGAAAUCUAUU